UAUGAUGCCUUCGACUAGUUUAUAUCUCUUGUUUCCUUUUUCCGCCUUCCUCUUUCCCUUCUGCCGCAAUGUCUAAGAGAGGACGUGGUGGGUCAUCUGGAGCAAAGUUCCGCAUAUCCCUGGGUCUCCCAGUGGGAGCGGUCAUCAACUGCGCUGACAACACAGGUGCCAAGAACCUGUACAUCAUCUCUGUAAAGGGUAUCAAGGGUCGUCUGAACCGUCUGCCCGCCGCUGGUGUGGGUGACAUGGUGAUGGCCACAGUCAAGAAAGGCAAGCCCGAACUCAGGAAGAAGGUGCAUCCUGCAGUGGUGAUACGGCAACGAAAGUCGUACCGGCGAAAAGAUGGUGUGUUUCUCUACUUUGAAGACAAUGCAGGGGUCAUAGUGAACGUUAAAGGAGAAAUGAAAGGCUCAGCGAUCACAGGCCCUGUGGCCAAGGAGUGUGCCGACCUCUGGCCGAGGAUCGCCUCCAACGCUGGUAGCAUAGCCUGACCUGGACCCUGCGCUGUUUUCAAUAAAAACUGUUAUAAAGUUUAGAA